GAAGAGAAACAUAUUACGUUUGUCAGAAGCCGGCGCCUUUCUGACCAACACCAACUCCGUCUCCCGCAAAACCACCGCGGUGCCCUCUUGUGUUCCGUGUAACCACGCAUCUGCUUUCUCGAGCACUUCGUUCUCUGCUUCCCGCGGUUGCGCUCGAAGCAACUGCGUCGCACACAGCCCUGCCCACCACCCAGCGUGAAGACACAAAAAAUAGAACCGCAAAAAUUCAGCCAUUGAAGAGACCGGCAUCAUGGAGGCCAUCCUGACCCAAUCCCGCGCCAUGUGUCCUUUUUUGAAGAAGACCAGCCCGGCCACGCUCCGCAGCCUGUCCACCACGGCGGCGGCGCACAACGCCUCGCCUGGCGGAAGCCGCAUGUCGAACCUGCAGCUCCUCGGCCGCCGUUGCCCCAUCAUGGGCAAGGCCCUCGCCAUACAGAGUGCCCGCUCCGGCAAUGCUGCUCUCGCUGGCGCUUUUGGCGGCGUGAGGGCGUACCAUGCGAAGGUUGACCGCGCCAAGUUCCACUCUGCUGCCACCAAGGAGGCCCAGGUCGACGUCGGCGUGAACCGAAGCAGUCAAGCCAAGUACCGCCCACCACCUCAGCAGCCGGCCGUCGAGAAGCGCGCCGCCAGCGCGACGAAACUGCCCUCCGGCGCGCCGCCACCGCCCCAGGCGGCCAAGUUCGACUAUGAGGCCUUCUACACCGCCGAGCUGGACAAGAAGCACAAGGACAAGUCGUACCGUUACUUCAACAACAUCAAUCGUCUCGCCCAGGAGUUCCCACGCGCCCACAUGUCUAACAAGGACGAGCGAGUCACGGUCUGGUGCUCCAACGACUACCUCGGCAUGGGCCGAAAUCCGAAGGUUCUGCAGACCAUGCACGAGACGCUAGACAUGUACGGUGCCGGAGCCGGUGGCACGCGUAACAUUUCCGGGCACAACCAGCACGCCGUCGCGCUCGAGGCCACCAUCGCCAAGCUGCACGCUAAGGAGGCUGCGCUCGUCUUCUCUUCCUGCUACGUUGCCAACGAUGCCACACUUGCCACGCUGGGCAGCAAGUUGCCUGGCUGCGUCAUCUUCUCCGACUCGCUCAACCAUGCCAGCAUGAUCCAGGGCAUCCGUCACUCCGGUGCUAAGAAGAUGGUCUUCAAACACAAUGACGUCGCCGAUCUCGAGGCCAAGCUUGCAAGCGUGGCACCCGACGUUCCUAAGAUCAUCGCUUUUGAGAGCGUGUACAGCAUGUGCGGCUCUAUCGGCCCCAUCGAGGAGAUUUGCGACCUGGCGGAGAAGUAUGGCGCAAUCACCUUCUUGGAUGAGGUCCACGCGGUCGGCAUGUAUGGUGCGCAUGGUGCGGGUGUCGCCGAGCACUUGGACUAUGAGGCGCACCUUGCCGGACGCCCCAAGGGCACGAUUAUGGACCGUGUUGACAUCAUCACCGGUACGCUGGGCAAGGCUUACGGCUGCGUGGGCGGCUACAUCGCCGGCUCCGCAAAAAUGGUAGACACCAUCCGCUCCCUCGCUCCAGGAUUCAUCUUCACGACGUCACUCCCACCUGCGACUAUGGCCGGCGCCAAAGCCGCUAUUGAGUACCAAAUGGAGCACCAGGGCGACAGACGCCUGCAGCAGCUGCACACGCGCGCCGUCAAGGCAGCCUUGCGUGCUAAGGACAUCCCUGUGAUCCCGAACCCUUCGCACAUCGUGCCCUGCCUUGUUGGCAAUGCCGAGGUUGCGAAGAAGGCCUCAGACAUGCUACUCGAGGAUUGGGGUGUCUACGUACAGGCCAUCAACUACCCGACCGUGCCUGUCGGUCAGGAGCGUCUACGCAUCACCCCCACGCCGGGCCACGUCAAGGAGUACAGGGACCAUCUGGUGCAAGCCCUCGAUGCCGUGUGGACUCAGCUGGGCAUCAAGCGCACGAGCGAGUGGGCUGCCGAGGGCGGUUUCAUCGGCGUCGGCGACGGAUCGCAGGAAGAGCCGCCGUUGUGGACGGACGAGCAGCUUGGUCUGCAGGACGUCGUUCAGGAGAUGAAGAGCGGUGCAGCAGACGCGUUGGAGAACAUCCUAGAGAAGGAGCGCGUCCAAGCUGUCGCUGCCGCCGCUUAGGCUCAUUAUGGCUCCUUGCUGUUUCACUUUGCGGAGCCGGUGAAUCAAAAGGGGAAUAAAGAAAAGGCCCCACCACGAAACGGAGAGACGAGUGUUUCGGAGGUCGAGCUACAUCAUUUCUGCUCCCUCGCACUCUGGGUGAUAAAAGGAGGAUGACGUUCGUAUAUACACUUUCUCAUGACUUGGCAGGUUCUCCCUGCUGGAAUUGAAGUACACUCUUUUGACUCCUCAAAUCGAAUCCACGAACUGACUGUUUUUUUCUUUUCUCUUCUUUUUGGUCUUAUUUUUUACCCUCUGCAC